AUGAUUCUUUUAGCCUAUGAACCUACCAUCAGUGUAAUAUUGGUCUUUAAAUACUUCCAACUUGCAUGGUUUUCUCUCGCCCUUUGCGCCAUUGGCGCAACGGGUCAUCUAGUAUUCUUAAAUGAGGAUGGAAAGGAGACAAAAGUUGUGUUUUCUGUGGGCAAGAUGAAAGCAUUGAUCACCCUUUUUUCUUCUGUAAAUCUCAAAGAUUUCUUUGCUAGAUGGAUCAAGAAAUUCCAGAAACCUAACAAAAAAUUUGUUGUUGUUGGGGUCUCGGCUUUGUUUGGUCUCUCUCGAAGUGUAGAAAUGAUGUGA